UAGUCGAGAGUAAUGUGACAAGGAGGGCGAAUAUAUGAAGCAAGGGUGGCAAAGUGGAUGAGAGUGAACCUUCCUACCCAGUACUCUUGAAGUUUGACGCCCGAGGCGCCGAGCUUUCUCGCCAGAUCCAGGAGCGCGACCCUCUCCUAGAGCCAGCCUUGGAGGCUCUCCACGCCCGAAUGGCCGAGCGAGUCAACAAGCGUGACGUCUCGCCCAUUGUCGACAGCGUUCAGCUCGGCGCUGGAAGCACCCUUCACGGAGGCCAGAACUACACUGGCUACAAGAACCCCAUUUCCGCUGGUUUCACCAAGGACCCACACUACGCCGCCUUCUCCGCCUUCGACUUCCACUCCUUGAAUCUUGGUGUUCACCAGGAGCUCAUCGAGUUGGACCUCUUCAACUACAUUAUUGCCAAGUUCUCCGUUCAGGAGUUUGCCGACGCCGGUCUCUCUGAGGAUGACAUUCACCUGCUGCGAUUCUUCGCACAGCAGGAAGUUGGUCACGCCGUUGUGCUGAGCAACCUGCUCGGCGCCAAGGCACCCAAGACUUGCAAGUACUCGUACCCCUUCAACACAGUGCGUGAGGCUCUCCUCUUCUGUGAGGAGCUCACACGAUGGGGAGAGAGCGGAGUCUACGGCUUCCUUCCCAGCCUCGACAACAGUGCCAACGCACAGAUUCUGCUUCAGUCUAUUGCCACGGAGGCUCGUCAGCAGUACACCUUCCGUCAGUGGCUCGGUGUCAAUUCCGUCGACAUCUGGUUCGAGGCUGGUACCCCUCAGGCCUGGGCAUGGACCUUGCUCAGCCCCUACAUCGUAGAGUGCCCAUCUCACAACAUCCCCGUCGCCUUCUCGAUCUUCCCCAAGCUGACUGUCCAGAACCAGCCUGAUCUCAUCGCUGUCGGUAAGGCUGCUGGAGGUCCCGCUAUUGCUUCCAACACCACCGCACUCAGCGCCGCUGGUCGACAGGUCUUCUUCGAGUGGGAUGCACCCGGAAAGACCCAGGGACCCUACGGCGAGAAGACUGAAAUUCUUGCCGACGACAAGACUCCCCGCUAUGUUGCCUGGCUCCAGAGCUACAACGUUACUUACAGUGACCUGGAGAAUGUCACCAAGACCUCCGACGGCAAGUACAAGGGCUACACCUACCAGCCCGGCGGACUGAUCUACCCUCAUAACAGCUCCACUCAGGGAGUCAUCAACGGAACUAUGUUCACCGCCAUUACCAACUCGAACUCCAUGUACACCCCACUCAACCUGACCUUGAUCAACGGCGCCACCAUCGCUGGUCCUGCCAUCUACCAGGCCGGAUAAGCGCAAAAUGGCGAGACAAUUCUCCCACACAGUCUCCCACAAUUGUCUCGUGGCUCACUGUACAUCAUCUUCUCUCCUACUCUUUUGUCUUCAUGCUUUUUUCUUCUUGAAUCU